AUGGGCGAGAUUGAGUCUGCCUUCCGCAUGAUUUCAGCCGGCAGGCACAUGGGGAAAGUGAUCCUGACGGCGGAUCCAGACGAGAUGGUUGCGGCACUUCCUGAGACCCCGGUCCUUCCGGAGUUGCUGCCCUCCGCCACGUACAUCCUGGCCGGUGGAUUUGGAGGGCUGGGGGUGUAUCUCAUCCGAUGGCUUGCCUCGAGAGGCGCACGCACGAUUGUCAACUUGUCGCGAUCGGGAGCCAAAACUUCCGCUGCGAAGGCAUGUAUCGCGGAAAUGCACAGCCAGGGCGUCAAAGUUCUUUCAAAGGCUUAUGACAUUGCUUCUAAAGAGGCCGUGGAAGCUGUGGUCAGAGAUCUCCAGGCUGUCGAUGGGGUAGGCCACAUUCGAGGUGUCAUCAACGCCGCGAUGGCGCUCGAGGAUGUAUUGUUUGAUCAGAUGGAACAUUGGCAAUGGGAGGCGUCGUUGGCCCCUAAGGUUGCUGGAACCCGCAACAUGCACGAGGUCCUGCCAACUGAUAUGGACUUUUUCGUGGUCCUUUCGUCCGUCGCCGGAGUCAUCGGUCACCCGGCCCAAGUGAAUUACACGGCUGCAUGUGCUUUCCAAGACGCCUUCAUGCACUAUCGACGAAGCCGCGGCCAGCCCGGGUUUGCGAUCGAUGUCGGAGUCGUGGGCGACGCUGACUUCGUCAGUGAGUCCCCAGCCGUGUUCGCCAAUAUGAAACGCCAGGGCUUUCCCUUCAUCUCCGUCGCCGAGCUCCUCGCGACGCUCGACUACGUCCUGACUGCCCGUGGACUGGAGUGUCAAGCGGCCCUGGGCCUGGUCCCCGACGCUGGCGUCAAGAAACCGGACUGCGGCAGUGGCUCAGACCACAUCGAAAAGAUCGGGCAUGCCAACACUGUAGAAGAGGCAGUCGAGGCCGUCGGAGCCGCGGUGCUGGACGAGCUGAGCAAGUUGAUUAUCAUGCCGGUGGACCGGAUCCUGCUUCACCGGACGCUCGACUCGUACGGGGUCGACUCGUUGGUGGUGGUUGAACUUCGCAACUGGGUCGUGGCGAUGCUGGCUGCUGACAUCUCGAUUCUCGUCAUUCGUGAGUCUAGGGGCAUUGAUAAUCCGAUCCAGUUGGUCGCGAGUAAAUCGAGAUUGGUCCCAGUCAAGCUCCAAGAAGCCGUGUCGAAGCUAGGUUGA